CUUCGCCUGGAGCCGGGGUGGUGAUGGUGGUGGUAGUGGUCGUGGUGGCGGAAGAGAGUUCUCAAGUUUUCUUGUCCCUGCUUUCAGAGAGAUAAAAACCUGGUGGUCGCCAUUGCCCGUCCGCCUGUCUGAGUUUUAGGUCAUCUGUUACCGGCAAGACAUCCCUUCCUCCGGGCAGGUUUAUCUCACCGUCGCUUGUGUCUUUCUCCCUCAGUUCGGCCGUUCUUCGUGCGGUUGCCCAGCGACGUGACGGGUGUGACGAAUGGUGAGGCCAUCCUGCGGUGCCGCGUGGGAGGAUCGCCGCGGCCUCACAUUCUGUGGCGGAGGCACGAUGGCCGCAUGCCAGUAGGGCGCGCGCGCCUGGUGCCUGACUCUUCCCUCAAGAUCACUGGCCUGACGGUGAAGGAUGCUGGCGUGUACAUCUGCCAGGCGGAAAAUUCCGUGGCCACUGUGGUCGCCAACGCCACCCUGACGGUGUACGACCCUCCCCAGCUGGAGUCUGGCCCAAAGGACACCGCCGCCAUCCUCAACACCAGUGUGCUGUUGCCCUGCUACGGACGCGGCACGCCCCCGCCCACCCCUGUCUGGACCCACUCCUCGCUGCCGCAGCAACCGGUGGGUUCGGGCUGGGUGUCGGAGGACGCCCGCGUGGAUCGAGACGGAACGCUGAUUUUGACUCCCCAGACCACGGACCAAGGCGGUACCUGGACCUGCUCACUGGUGAGCGAGGCAGGGGUGGCUCACGCCCGUGCCUGGCUCACACUGGUCGCCGCCCGCCAUGCGCCGCCGCCCAUCAUCACUAUCCCUCCUACCAAUCAGACUCUGCCCGCCCGCACCCACGCCAUCUUGCACUGCCGCGCCCAGGGCCCACCCACACCCACGGUGACCUGGUACCGCGGCGCAGCGCCUCUCAGGACGGACGGCGAUAGAGUCUCCAUCGACAAGAACGGCGACUUGACCAUCACAAGUCUGCGGGAGACUGACAGCGGCCGCUAUACGUGCCUCGCGCAGUCACGCACAGGAUCCUCCCAGCGGUCCGCGUCAUUGCUGGUGGUAGGUGGGGAUGACCCUCAAGCCGCCCGCAGCUUCCAGCGCAACCACCCGCCCUCAAAGCCCUGCCUGCCCAGCCCACCCGCCCGCGCGUUAGCGACCUCACCAACGCCUCCGUCACGCUGGUGUGGGCUCCGCCGCAUACAGUGGGCGAUGCUCCGCUGCUGGGAUACACGCUGGAGUCGUACACGUCAGAAGGCGAGACGCGGGCGGGCCAAUGGCGGGUGGUGGCCCGUGGGCUGGUGCGAACUCGCUACACUUCACCACUGGAGGCUGGCCGCCCACAAGUGUUCGUCGUGCGCGCCGAGAACACCCUGGGGGAGUCACCGCCCUCACCGUGGUCUCAGGUGGUGGUGGUGGGCAUGGGCAAUGAUGGCGACGUGGCGACAAAGGUGGAGCACACGCCUUCACUGCUCGGCCGCCCGCCUUAACCUGACCGCCCUCAACACCCUCUCGGCCACCACCAUGAAGGUCACCUGGCAGGUGACGGGAUCUGGAACCAGAAUAGAAGGAGUUUACGUGCACAUACGACCCAGACGAUCCCUGCACGCCCUCCACCUUGCCCCGCACGUCGCAGCCUCCCCACAGACCCAAACACUCUCCCCUUCCAACUCCUUGUCCUCAUCCGCUCCCACCUCCUCCUCUCCCACCCCCUCGGCCUCCUACAUACCCUGGGACACGGUGACGGUGAUGAACGCAGGGGCCUCCAGCUACGUCCUGAACGGCCUCACGCCCAACACGGAGUACGAAGUGUUUCUAGUGCCCUUCGUCAGAUCAGAGGAAGGGCUGCCCACCGAACUGCGAGUCAACACUACGCUGCCGGACGCCCCUGCCGGCCCGCCCCAGGAGGUCUCUGUUCACCUGCUCAACCUCACCUGCGCCUAUCUCACCUGGAGUCCGCCCGAGGCCAGCCUGCAGCACGGCCCCAUCACAGGUUAUCAGAUCCUGACAAUGGUGAACGGCACAACCACCUUCCUCAACACCACCGUCAACGCCUCCACCUUCGCCUACAAGCUGACGCCCCUCAUACCAGGCCACGUGUACUCGGUCAGCCUGGCAGCACUCUCCAAGAUGGGGGAGGGACCUUCCUCUCAGCCACUUCGACUCCAGACCGACCCAGCCCUUCUGAACCCCCUGGCCAACCGUCACGCUGGGUCAGAGGGCGUGGUGCGAGAGGCGUGGUUCAUCGUGCUCGUUGGAGGCGCUAUGUUCCUCCUGCUUCUAGUGCUGGUGGUGCUUCUGUACAUCCGACGUGUGCAUCAUAAGGCCUCGCAGCUUCCCUCGCUCAACGGCUCCGUUACAAAGACGAGCAACUUGGCCAACUUCUACGGCGGUGAGAACCUGUGGCCUGAGUCUGGGUGGAAGCCUGGCGACGGGGAGAAGAGCGACGGCAAGCAGACCAGCGGCAGCAGCGGUGAUGGAAGUGCUGGCGGCGGCGGAAGCGGUGGGGGUGCCGGGGACAGCAGUGAGCGGAACCGAGAGCUGCUGGCUUCCCUGGCUCCUGAGUAUGCCGAGAUCGACUCCCUGGGGACCUUUACAGCGGGGAAGAAGGGCGAGAUGGAUGUUAGCGCUGAGGCCUAUGCGUCCGCCUCUGUGCUGGCCACCUGCAACAACCGCAAGAAUAAGGUGUGCGAGAAGUUCCUGUCUCUGCCUCAAUGUGUUCCGCUCCUCAAAGGCUCCCAUGCAACUCACCUCAUCCAGCAGCAGCAGCAACAACAGCAACAGCAGCAGCAACAGCAGCAGGACGAAUACAACGCCAAACUCUCCAAGGACAUGCUCAACAACACUGACAACGAAGAAAAGUCCGUCACGGAGUCCAAACGGCCGUUCUUCAUCGAGACGUCGUCGCCCACGCUGCUGGGGUCGUCGAGCCUGUCAUUCCACAGUGUCGGGGUGCCGCGCCUCACCUCCACCCCCCACCCUGCCCUCAGCACCACCCUCAGCGGCCACCACCUCUCCCGCCACACCCAGACUAAGGGCGUCGCCUCUCCCUACAGCGUCAACCCUUUUACAUCCCAGCCUCACUUACUGCACAAGGGUGUGGCCUUGACGCUACGAGAUCUAGUGCCGCCCCCGCCGCCUAACCCGCCGCCAGGGACACAUCGACACCGAGACUUCUCCCGCACCAACACCCUGGAGGAGCUUCCCUACGCGUGCUACUCCUCCACGCGGGUGGCCUCGCCGAGACCCUCCAGAACUGCCAGCCUGGAGGGCACCGGCUCUCCUUACGGUGGCUCCACCAACACCUACCAGAGCAUUGACGGCCUCACUGACGCCUUGCACCGCGACGACGAGGGCCACUGUUGCUCCCACUCCUGCAGCCAGAGCCAGUGCCAUGCUCACCACUCCCACUCCCACUCCCACGCCCACUCCCACGCCCACUCUCACAGCCGUUGCGGCACGUGCGGCUCUCGCAACUCGUCAUCAUCAUCGUGCCGGCGUAGCAGCCGAUCCAGCCGAUGUGGGUACGUACGAGUCGCGCGGGCCUCGGGGGGGUCUCUGUACUCCCUGUCGCGGCCCUGUUGCCACGACCCCUCCCGCAUCUCUCCCUUCGACUCUGCGGCAGCGGUCAUCCCCUCACAGGCGUAUCGCCCCAACUUUUACGGGUGGGCGUCGCCGCCGGGCUCCCCGGCCCUGGACGAGGGGCGCAUUGGGCCUCGGCGACAAGUAUCACUGGAAAGUGAUGCUCUCCUGAAGUCUGACCAGACGCAGGUCUACGCUCCUAGCGGCUCCAUUCGCUCAGACGGCGAGUACUGGUGCAGCCGCGACGCAGCAAGUGUGUAUGGCGGAUCAACUCGCUCUGCAGAAGGUGAAACUGGUGCCGGCUCGAGAACAGGACAGCCUGGCACUUCUCCUGACUCCAGUGCUGUCGAGGGCGUCCCCAGUGACGCAGUCUCCUGUGGGUCCUGCGAGGAAACUGACGCGUCUUUCUAUGCCGGGGGUGACAAGCAGACCAAGCUAUAAGCCGGGAUCCACCAGCCACGCAACGGGAAUGACUAGUCACGUUGCGAGUUCUGGCCGAAAAGAGCUCUGCAUCUCCUCGCCAAGGAUCCAGCGAGUGACUAUGCAAAGGAAGCACGCAGAGAAAGGACGCAGAGUGGAAAGUGUGCGAUUGUGCGUGGUAAACUUGGCGGCGCGAACAGAGCACUUACUCGUAUGGUGGCAUGGGUAAGGAUCGCCUCCUGUGCAUCCACCAUCACCAGUACUGGGGACAAAUGCUCAUGAAAAGUUGCAUGUGUAGCAACGAUGGACUUCUGAUUGUAUCAUAGCAAGUAAAUGUUUUCUGUGAGUUUUAAUGAUGCUCAAAAAUAGAGAGAAUAUAAGGCACUUCACCUUAAAUUACGCAGUGAGUGGACAGUGUCACUGCUGUCGCUUACUGUUACGUAGAGGAAAGGGGAGUGCAUCUUAAAUUCAUUUUUGUGCGAGUAUAGACGUCCAUUGUCAAUUGUCUUUUAUUUACUUCUCGUAUCCAAGAAGGCAGAGGCGGACAGCAGCGUGGCCGAGCACACACUGACAGGUGUUGUGUGUGUGACGCCCGCUGUGUGGCGCGGGACUCGUGAUAGACUGAGAUAUUUUCACAAUUUGAUGAGAGAGAGAGAGAGAGAGAGAGAGAGAGAGAGAGAGAGAGAGAGAGAGAGAGAGAGAGAGAGAGAGAGAGAAUGAAUGGAUAAAUAAAUAAAUGAAUGAAUGAAUUAGUUACUUGAUUAAUUCAGUAACAGUUAGUUUCCUUUUAUAAGAAGUACAUCACUCUAGGCAAAUAUAUUGAGGUUACAUUUGAGAAAAAAGCAACACAAGACGCUGUAGGAUCUUCCAGAACAGUCGACGAUGAUUAAGGAAUAGUUGAACUACUCUAGUCACGUGUUGAUCGUAAGUCAAUCAUACAUAUUUAGGACUUCAUGUACAGCGAGGGUGUGGGUGCGUGCCAACCUUUGGGGUACAUCUGUCUCUCUUUAUCAUUGUUAUUUUUAUAUAUCAGCUGUGUGUGAACUGUGGCCAGCAAUGUGUGAAGCAAAUUGUGGAUGGUGUUCUAUUACUCAACUGUACAUAAGGUCCGAAUCCUGUCAUGAAGCUGUCUCGUCAGAGCGCCGAGUGGAACGGUACCUACAGGGUGUCUAAGACUUAAUGAACAAUACACAAUAGCCAUAUAUAUGUACAUAUGAAGUAAAAACAAACACAGAGUCUCUGAAGGCAUCGUCGGUAUUCGUCGGCAGCAAUAACUUUCUGUAGCUACUCUGUCUGGAGCGAGAAACGUGACGGUCCCACGGCCCUUUAAUAAUGAGGGAACCUGUAACAGAAGACACCUCUUUUUGUACACUGAACAUUGUGCUAAGCUUCCCAGCCAUUUCCUCUUCCUCGUUCCGAUUUCUAAAAUGUAAUAUUUCGUGAAUACAUAACUUGACAGACGUAAUUUCUCGACAGUUUUCACACGAAGGUGCUAGUGUCCUGAAGCAGGUGUUCUCGAUGUGUCAGGCGGAGUCCUCCACGGGCACACGCAAGCCCGAAGCGCCUGGGGAAGGAGAUGAUGGGACAGUGAUCAUUCUCAGAUCCAAUCCGGUACAAGUAUAGAACGGGGUUGAGCAUUUGGGGGUCGAUUCCAGUUUCCCGGACAAAGACGCGCGCGGAGGAUUCUGAAACACCUUGUAAAUAGGACCAGUAUUAGAUUUCUAUCGUCGAAGUCUUUCUUUUUUCUGAGCCGCAAAACUUCCAGAGCGUUCGAGGCUUCGGAAGAAACACAACCGAGCGACUUUUUUUUUUUUUUUUUAUGUGGGAGUAAGUAUUGUUAUUUCCACGAAUAUAAUUUUUUUUCUUCACAUACCACCACUGAACACCCCCCACCUCCCCCACCACGUAGUUUUUCUCUGAGUGAAUGUCUUUUUUCGCUGUUGUGUCUACAUGCGCUCUUAGUUGCCUCCGUCUCCUUGCCUUCCUGUCCACACUUUGUUAUCCUGGUGAACGCCGUCAUGGUUACUGGUGAGUUGAUUGUCCUUCCUUGCCGCGCUCUGGGCUCACGGCCGCCCCUUGCCCUGCUCACCCCGCCCCCCGAGCUGCUGUGAUCUCGCUUAGCAGUCAUCCGCGACGCACAGUUUUUCUCAACAUUUUUUUUUUCUUUCCAUGAUCUGGUUUUCUGUCUCCCCACUGUCAGCAUUCAUGAGGAAAGACAGUGACUGUAAACCAAACACUGUUCUUUAUUCUCCAGAAUCUUGCAGCCUCGUUUUACUUUCCAUUUGUCAGCUCUUCAGAAUGUUGUCUCCUCAUUUUCCUUUCUUUGGUUAAAUUAUGUGUUUCUUUAGCAAAAAUUAGAUCAAUUUUGCCCUAAGUGUGGAUCAAGACAUCGCAUGUUUUCAAGUAACUCGCACAUUUGUGAUAUACUUCGGUAGUCAGUCCAAAAACAACUUUAGUCACGGGCACUCUAAAUAACCUUUCACUACCUGCUCCAGAAAAAUAUAAUCCGUUCAACAUGCAUUCAUUUUUCUUCUCGUUCCGUUUUCUUUGAUCUGUGCUAUUUUUUCUCCUCUCUCCCAGCGCGCGAGCUUCGUUCGCAUGGCUCCGGGACGUGGCGGUGUAUAUUUUGUACAUACUAAAAUAGAACAUCCCUUUCCCGAUCCUCUCCUUGAUCCCUGGAGAGAAGACACGCCACACCACGCACACCCGGCGCCCUCAAGGUACACACGCGUCGUGUUGACGGGAGUCCGUAAGUAAAUUAAACAAGGAAAACCAACAGUUGGAUGGUGGUGGUGUGGUGGUGUCAGUGCAGCAGCAGCAAAAACGUCAAGUGUGUACAUGAGAGACUCUCCCCCCAACGUCCCUACCAGCUCCCGUUUCCCUCUGGCGUAAGAUUUAGAAGAGUGCGUUUUGUAUCUAUCCUUUGUAACAGUAGAAGAGCUUAGUCCAAACGACCCCUUCAGGACUUGUGCUGACGGACGGCGGCACGGCGGCUGAGUCUUCCUCAUCACUGUGUAUGUGUGUGUGUGUGAUUACUUGUCAAAUAAAGCACAAGUUAAAAGUGAAAGUGUAUUAUGUAUGAAAGUGUAUUAUGUAUGUGGGGUGCUUGAGUAGUGGACUUAGUGUGCACUGUGUGAGAGAGGAGGCCAGCCCCGCGCAGCCCUGCCAGGCGGGGCCCCUAGGUAGCGGAGCAGAGAUUUGUACGUCUAGAAUGAUGUUUUGUGAACGACAGAUAGAUGUAAAUAUAUUAUUGUUUACAAGAAA